UUUAAAAUGAUUAGUUCGAUCAUUAUUGGAAGAAAAAGUUUUUCUUCCUUUUUUUUUUUAAAGAAUGAAGACUAUAAAAUAGAUUUAUUUCAUGAAACUGAACAGAGACGGAGCAUGUCCUCCAAAACCCUUGCCGCUGAAAAUGCAGUGACACAACUUAUCCAACUAAACUGCUUACUUGCCGAGUCAACUCGUGCACUCCAUUACUCUAAGACCCUUAAACUAUUUCAACAGAUACAUUCAUCUCAUCACCUCAAACCUGAUCAGUACUCUCUCUCAACAACUCUCUCUGCUUGUGCCAAUCAUCGUAAUACAUUGGUCGGAACUCAACUACAUGUUCACUCCAUUAAGUCUGGCCUCAAACGUUACCCUCAUGUAUCAAACGCUUUGCUAUCUCUGUAUGCAAAAUCCGAAUACCUGGGCUCAGUGAAAAGGGUUUUUGGAGAAAUUAAGACCCCAGAUGUUUAUUCUUGGACGACAUUGUUGUCGGCCUGUUCCAAACUUGGGGAAGUUGAGUAUGCAUGUAAGGUGUUUGACAGAAUGUCUCUGACGGAUGAAGUUUCUGAUGGAAAGCCCGAGAGAAAUGCAGCAGUCUGGAAUGCGGUUAUUACUGGGUGUGCAGAGAAUGGAUAUAAGGAUAUUGCUUUUGGGCUGUUUAAGAGAAUGCAGAUGCUGGGUGUGAGGCAUGAUAAUUAUACAUUUGCUAGUGUUUUGUCAUUGUGCUGUCGAGGGAUUGAGGAGUUUGCCAGGGCAGUGCACUCUUUGGUGAUAAAAACUGGGUAUUUGGUUAAGCCUUCAGUGGUCACUGCUUUGUUGACUAUGUAUUUUGAUAUUGGAAGUGUUGAAGACGCGUAUAAAGUUUUUGAGGUCGGGGAAGGAGAGGGGUGUGAUUGUAUAAGUUAUAAUGCGAUGAUAGCUGGUUUAGCUAGUGCAGGAAGAGAUGUUGAGGCGUUAUGUAUAUUUAAGGAUAUGCAAGAAGUUCAGCUGAGACCUACAGAAUUAACUUUUGUUAGUGUUUUGGGCCUGUGUUCAUGUGCUAGAAUUGCUAUUCAAGUACACGCUCAAAUUAUGAAGAUUGGGUAUGAAAAUUGUACCUCUGUGAGAAAUGCAGCAAUGACGAUGUAUUCCACCUGCGGGGAUCUGGACACUGCUCACACGAUUUUCCAGGAAAUGCAAGAGAAGGAUACCAUAUCUUGGAAUGCCAUUAUAACUGGCUACGCGCAGCGAAAUUUGGCUGGAGCAGCAAUCUUGGCAUAUCAGCAAAUGCAGAGUGAAGGGAUUCGACCGGAUGAGUUCACUGUUGGUAGUCUCUUAGCAAGCACAGAGAUGCUGUUCUCCGUAGAGAUGAUACUAGCUAUUGUAUUCAAAUACGGACUUUUUUCAAAUACCCAAGUUUCCAAUGCAUUACUUUCUGCAUUUUCCAGGUACGGUGAAAUAAAGCAGGCCCGUGUAGUAUUCAAUGGCAUGGGCCAUCGGAAUCUUAUAUCAUGGAACUCAUUAAUAUCAGCACUUCAGUUGAAUGGGUUCCUAUUGGAGGGCUUAGAGGAAUUUUCUGAACUGCUGAAAUCGGAAAUGAGUCCAAAUGCUUAUAGUUUUAGUAUUGCCUUGAGCAUAUGUGCCAACAUUUCUGCCUUGGGACAUGGGAAACAAAUUCAUGGGUACAUUUUAAAAAAUGGAUAUUUUCAACAAACAUCUUUAGGGAAUGCUCUCAUUACCUUGUAUGCAAAAUCUGGAGAUCUAGAUCGGUCUGUGAAAGUGUUCAAUGCAAUGAAUGAAAAAGACAUAAUAUCAUGGAAUUCCAUGAUUUCUGCCUAUGCACAACACGGAGAAGGGAGGGAUGCUGCUCGCUGUUUCCAAGUGAUGCAGGAUUCGGCAGGGAUCAAACCAGACAAGGCAACUUUUACUGCUGUUCUUUCUGCUUGUAGCCACACAGGUCUAGUUGACAAUGGCAUUCACAUUUUCAACUCUAUGGUCAAUAAGUAUGGUUUAGAACCUGGAGUAGAUCACUUCUCUUGCAUUGUAGACUUGCUUGGUAGAGCUGGUCAUCUUGAUGUUGCAGAAAGACUGAUUACAACUAAGCUUAUUGACAUAGAUUCUAAUAUCUGGUGGACAUUAUUCAGUUCUUGUGCAGCUCAUGGGAAUCUUAGGUUGGGAAGAAUUAUAGCCGAAUGUCUUCUUAAAAAAGAACACAAAAAUUCAACAGUGUUUGUUCUUUUGUCAAACAUAUAUGCAGAUGCCAGUCAAUGGGAAGAGGCGGCUAAUAUGAGGGAACUGAUGAAAACAUGUGGGAAGAUAAAACAACCAGGCUGCAGUUGGAUCAGGUCCUAAGCUGUUACGGUGCUUGUACCUAUAUAGUGACUAUGGUUUAUAUGAGUUAGGUGGUGUACAUCUAAGUGCGCAUCUCUGGUUUUUGCUUCAUGAAAUCAGACAAAGAAAGCUUCUGUAGUAAACCAUCAAAUCAAUAUGACAGGUGCAACAUACCUUUACUUUAGAAUACUUAAACGUAUGGUGACAAUAAUAGAAAAGUAUACGGUGAUCAAGUGAGACAUGGCAUAUCUGUAACUUAUAUACAGUAGAAUAUAUAAAGAAAAUUUUUUGAGAUUAAAAAAAGAAAAAAUAAAAGCCAUUGCAAAUUGCACAAGGGAAAAAAUUAGAAACGUAAGACCCGUCUCAAAAGCACACACUCAAAAAGUCCUACCUGGUGGAUAAUUUGCCACGUUUCUCCUGCCUUAACGCAUUGGGUUCUUCCCCGAUAUAUUCAAAACUCUGAAACCCUCUUUGUAAGCUCCACAAGAGGGUUUGUCCGAAGACAACAAAGGAAAGGCCCCAUUACUAUCGGUUUUUAGAAGGUUUGUAAAGUGUGUAAGAAAACAGGUCAUGCAGCUGAUUUUAGGGGCUACUUACAUUAAUUGUCCUAUGAAACCUUGUUUCCUCUGCAAAUUGCCCGGUAACAAGCAUGUUUUUUAUAUUUUUUGUAGGCAUUAAUUUUUUGAACUAGGCGUGAUCUUGGGGUUUUAAAUUUUUUUGACUUGACAAGCUUAGGUUGCUGCGGAUAUCCUUGGAUGAUGAAUUUGUAGGUUUUGAUAUCUCUAGCCAUGGUGAUUAUGCACACAAAAUUCUUCUCCCCGUGAGAGACCGGAGAGCGACAAUGUCAGGCUUUAGGAUAACUCAUGAUAUACCAAAUAUUUCAAUGGUUGAAACUAGAAUUACACUCUCUGCUAUAAUCUUGAAAAUUGAAAUAUACAUCAGCUGGCCAGCAUUGUUCUGUUGUAAACUCUUCGUAUCAUUUCAUCCUUGUUCGUAUAUAAUCAAAUCAUUUUAGUGUUCAAUGUAUAUAAAUUCAUUUCUCCUACAACUUUGAAC